AUGCGCGUUGCAAUCGUUCUCGCAGCAUCGACGAUUCGCAGCGUGACAAGCUUUACUCGCGUAAGCACGCUACGCGGUAGAUCGUUGACACUCGCGGCCCGCGGUGGUCGAGGCGGCAGAGGUGGCAGAAUGCCAAACGGCGUAUCGAAGGAAAACCUACCCACCAAAGUAUGCGUCGUGUGCCAGAGACCAUUCACCUGGCGCAAGAAGUGGGAACGCUGCUGGGACGAAGUGACGUGCUGUAGUAAACGGUGCAACGCCGAGCGGAAAAGGGGAGGCGCUCCCGCGCCAGACGCCGUCGUCGUCGACGACGAAGCGCCCUCGUUGCGCAAGGCCGCGAAGAAGGCGACGAAGGCGCUGCGGCGGGCGAAGCGCGCCGGCGUCGCCGACGAGGCGACGGGCCAGAAGCAGUGCGACCUCUGCGACGCGAGCGUCAACCUCUUGGUGAGGUGCCGUACCGACACGACGAAAAAGUGGCGGAUGGUCUGCGGCCGGUGCUGGAAGGGCGUGUCCGGCGGCGUCCCCGACGGCGACGCCAGUCAUCCGCACUACCAGUACGGCGGGCUCUGGAAGAACCGAAACGCCCAGAGCGGCGAGCUCGAAGCCAUAGGUGUGUAA